ACGUAAAGUAACACUCUUUCUUGGAACUCAUCAAAUCAAUGGGCACGCGACCACAACGUUUCCUUCCAGGUUCCAGUGACAGAUUGGCGUUGUGCUUCCUUGAGCCUCGACGGCUGAGGAAAUGUAUCGCGGGGCACGUGGGAUCGAGGUCUUUGAAAGGCAACAGCACCAGCGACAUCCGCAAUAAUCAACACUCCCUCGUAAAGACGUGUCGUCCGGAUUAUUUGCCAGCGUCGGCCAUCAGCAAAUUUCCCUGUUUUCAUUGACUCUGUCCAAUCUCAAAAUGCUGUCCGCUUUCCAAGCUACGGCUAUCUUAGCCUUCGCCUCCUCCGUUCUCGCAGCUCCUGCUCAGGUCUGCAAUGACGCUACCUACCCUACGCAGAUUAGAUUGGCGUAUUCCAAUGACCGAGCAAUGGCAGUAUCUUGGAACACCAAGAUCAAGAUGACCAAACCCACUGUUGCAUGGGGCCCAGACACCCACAUGCGAGAUUCUGCUGACUCCGACGUCUCCACCACCUACCAGUCAUCAACGACCUGGAAUAAUCAUGUUGUAAUCGAAGGGCUUAAUCCAGACACCAAGUACUACUACUCCCCUGAAUGCGGAAAUGUCACAUACACUUUCACGACUGCGCGUACGGAAGGAAGGGGAACUCCAUAUCAAUUUGCCAUGAUUGGAGAUAUGGGUACAUUCGGACCUGAUGGUCUCUCUACAACUGUCGGAAAGGGUGCUGCGAACCCUCUCGCACCCGGAGAUUUGACCACUAUCCAGUCACUUAGCGCAAGAAUCGACGACUUUGAUCUAGUCUGGCAUGUCGGAGAUAUCGCAUAUGCUGAUGCAUGGCUCAAAGAGGAGAACGGAGGUUACGCUGCCCCUUUGAACACCAGUGAUUUUGGAAUGGAGUAUGAAAAGAUUCUCAAUGACUUCUACGUCGAAAUUCAACCAAUAUCUGCUGUUAAGCCAUAUAUGGUUGCUGUCGGAAAUCACGAGGCCAACUGUGAUAAUGGUGCCAACUUUACGAUCUGUCCACAAGGACAAUUGAAUUUCACCGGAUAUCGCGCACAUUGGAACAUGCCAUUUUAUAAGUCAGGUGGCCUUGAGAACUUCUGGUACAGCUGGAACCAUGGCAUGGUCCACUACAUCACCUUCAACACCGAGACAGACUUUCUGAAUGCCCCCGAUCAACCAGGUGGAGAGGGUGUCGAGGAUGCUGGUCCUUUUGCCCCCUUCGGUGCCCAACUCGCCUGGCUCAAAGCAGAUCUUGCAGCGGUUGACCGCAAGAGAACUCCUUGGGUUAUCGCUGCAGGGCAUCGCCCAUGGUACGUCAGCACAACCGAGUACAUCGAAUGUCAAGUUGCCUUCGAGCCACUUCUCCUGGAAUACGGCGUCGAUCUUGUUCUCCAUGGUCACAAGCAUUUCUACGAACGUCACUCCGCCAUCGACAAUGGUACGGCGCAAGAUCUCAACAACCCAACCGCACCAUGGUACAUCGUUAAUGGCGCUGCUGGACAUUAUGAUGGUCUUGAUACCCCUACCUUACCGUUGGUUCCAACUUCCAGAGAUAUCAUUGUUGCCUAUGGAUGGAGUUUGUUCACUGUGCACAACUGCACACAUUUGACAACCGAGUUCAUCGCUAGUGGCAACAACACUAUUCUCGAUACUGCCACAUUGUACAAAGAUCGCACCUGUGCUCUCAACUAAGCGAUUUGGUGCGAUGAAUUACGAUCAGCAUAUAUUUAGACCAAGCAAAGAUGGCGUCUAUAUGUCGAGGUGCAGUUGUAUAUAAUCAUAACUUCUAAUUACAACCCG